AAAUUAUAAAUCCACAGACUCUGGACUCUGGGCUGACCAGACCCAUCAUCCCCACAUAGCAUAGCAGGACUAAGGGAAGUUACAGUUUAGCUCAAAUCAGUUCCUUACAGUUUUUUUAUUCAGCCUAUCCAACACAAAAAUGUAUCUCAUUCUGUUAUGGGUAUUGAUACUACCAGUAACAGCAUUUGCAUUUCAUAUGGAGCUAAAACCAAAGAGUGGACUUUUGAAAGUUGGUGAUAGGCAUGAGCUGCAAUGCUCGGUGAAGGAUUGCAAUGAAAAGGUUACCAUCUCCUGGGCUUUGCUGGAGGAUAAGCCAAUGUUUGCGAAAAUAAACACCUCCGGGUCGGAAUCAGUGGCGGUCUUUGACCCUGUGGCGAAAGCACAUGAUGACACACUUCUCUGCAAAGGCAGUUGCGGAGAAUCGACCAAACAACACCGUGCGGUUGUCAAAGUAUACUCAUUUCCAGAGGCCCCUGUCAUAUCAGGCCAUGACCGACUUCUCUUGGGCCAGACCAACACUCUGACAUGUGAGGUGACAGACGCUUAUCCUGCAGAGCACCUGAGGCUUGAGUGGCUGCGAGGAGACAGCAUGCUCCAGACAGAUGCAGAGUCUGUGGUGUCCACCUACACGUUCACACCCACCCCCGAGGACAAAGAGGCGAGCAUCACCUGCAGAGCCACUCACGAUCAGGAGGGUGUGCCUGAUGAUGAGAAGACCAAGGAAACCUCUGUUUCUCUCACAGUGCUUUAUGCACCACAGAUUACGUCAAUAUCUGAGCUGACUGUUGUGAGAGUUGGCUCCAGUCCCACAUUGUUGUGCCAUGCUGAAGGGAACCCCAGACCAGAGAUACAGUGGAAGACCAUUGGUUCGCACGGACAGGCUGUCAUAGUAGGGCAGAGCGAGGAGCUUGUCCUUACAGAGAUGACACUGGUGGAUUCUGGUCAAUAUGAGUGUGUGGCAAGCAACACCAUUGGAAACAUCACAGCCAGCGUGAACGUCAUUGUUGAAGCUCCCCCAACAAACACCUCCAUCAAAGUAAGACCAGCCAGUAAGGUGAAAGAAGGGGAGAACGUGACGGUGUCCUGCCUGUCAGACGGAGCUCCGGUGGGACGGAUGGUGCUGAGGAGGUUCUCUGAGGACCAGGAUGUAGCUCUUCAGUCCAGCAACGGCUCCUCCACCUCCUUCACCCUCUCCUCUGCCCUGCUAGCAGACUCUGCUCUCUACCAGUGCGAGGCCUUCAAUGAGCACGGCAGCCAGAAAGUCAGCACCUUGCUCUCCGUUGAAGCGUAUCCCCUGGAGGUGGAGAUGGUAUCGGGGGUGAUGGCUGAGAUGGGAUCCAAACUGGUGCUCUCCUGCCUGGCUUCGGGCUGUCCCCAGCCAGCCUUCUCCUGGAGGAGCAUGCUGGACAUGCCCGUCCACAGCCGCGCACGCAACCAGGACUCCCUCUCCCAGCUCCACCUGGGCCCACUUGGGCUGGCCCAUGAGCAAGCCUACACCUGCGAGGCCAAGUGUGGCUCUGUCAUCAAGGCCAAGCAAACAGAGGUCAAGGUCUUCUCUUUCCCCUCGGACCCUAUCAUCGAGAACCCUGGACCGUUUCUGGAAGACGGGAAGGCCACCUUAUAUUGUUCUGUAGCCGAUGUCUACCCAGCCAGUCACAUGCAGAUUCAAUGGCUCGAUGGGGAAACUGAGCUACACUCCAGUGUGGGUCAGUACUCCAGUGAGCUCCAGAAUGUGACGUCAACGUUCUCUUUUUCGGUGGAACCAGAGGAUCAGGGGAGACGGAUCACCUGCAGAGUCGGUCUUCAGAUGGACGAAGUCCAUCAAAAUCGGAGAGAGAGGCAGGCGGUGACUGUACUGGAGCUCCACUAUGCCCCCAGGGGAACCACCAUCACAGUGAGUCCAGCCAGUGAGGUGAAGGAAGGGGAGAACGUGACGGUGUCCUGCCUGUCGGACGGCGCUCCAGUGGGAUGGAUGGUGCUAAGGAGACUCUCUGAGGACCAGGAUGUAAAGCUCCAGACCCACAACGGCUCCUCCACCUCCUUCACCCUCUCCUCUGCCCUGCUAGCAGACUCUGCUCUCUACCAGUGUGAGGCCUUCAAUGAGCACGGCAGCCAGAGAGCCAGCACACACGUUACAGUCAAAGCACCUCCUAGGAAUACAACAGUUCUGGUCUAUCCGUCCACUGAGGUUCAGGAAGGCCAAAAUGUCACCGUAUGCUGUCGCUCUGUUAGUUUCCCCCCACCUGUUGUGGUUUUGAGAAAACUGAACAAUGGCACAGAGCUCUACUCCCUGGAUGGGAACUUCCUGCUGGUGAACCUUACGCCCAACGAUACAGGUCUAUACCAGGUGAAUGUGACCAAUGACCUGGGCUACGAGACUAAGAUCUUCAGCAUUAACGUCAUGGAGAAGCAUUCCAGUCCUUCACCCGACUGGAACCAGAUAGUCAUUCCUGCUGUCUGCGUGGGAAUGAUGGUGACCACCACAGUCCUAGUCCUGGACAAUCUUAGGAGAGCCAGGAGGAAGGGCUCCUAUGAGCUGGCCAAGUGUAAGCCCGGCACUGCAUAGACUAGAGGAGUCUAAAACCUGUGGCCCGGGAGCCAGAUUGCAGCCACCACUUGUGCUACCAACAUGAACAUGUACUGUCUAAAAAUGGUUCUUCAGGCAAAAUGACUUUGACACUCCUGGUGUAAAGACAUACCAAGGGACAGACUCACCUGGAGUGAACCCCUUGCCUGAGAGGGUACAGACGAGAGGCUUGCCCAUUGUCCCGUGUCCAGGCCUUUGGCCGUGUCUAGUCUUGACAGUUCAUGCAGCUUUGGUAUUCUGAUCAUAGAGUUCUGAUCAUGGAAUUCCGAACGUGUCAUGCGUCUGCACCUACAUUUAAAUGUGUCUACUGUGUCCCCAUUGUGUCCACAGAUACCCUUUUCCCGCGCUAUAUUUAAAUGCAAAUAUGCAUUCUACAAACGGUGGAAUAGGCUAAAUAUGGUAAUAACAGAAUAAGUGAUGGCAGUAGCUAAGUACUCUAGCUAACUAGCCAGCUAACCUCUGUAGCUAGACAGCAAGCUAACAAGUAAUGCUAAAGGGAUUGCAAAUGGGUUACCAUAUCUCUAGUCAAACAAAAAAUACUUUUUCUAAAUAUUAGGUAGUUGGCUAGCAUUUUUGAGGCCAGCAAACACGUUCCUCACACGCUAGGAAUGUAUUUCCUACAACGUUAUAAUGAAAAGGUGCCUCUCGAUCUGAACACAAUCAGACCACAAAGCAACUUUUGUGCGUCUCGACCCGUCUUUUCAAUGCGAUCUUCGUAUUCUGAUAGCAGAAGUCGCAUGUAAGUGUCAAGUGUAGACACGGCCUCAGUCAAAGGACAGGGGACAAGGCCUUAUGACCUUUGGAAGUUACUAGAACAGGGUAAGAAAUAGAGACGCACCUUUGUGGUUGGAUGUGGGGUCUUCUGGAUAUGUGUGUAUGUGUCAACCAUUGACUUAGUGUGUAUGUUUGUGUUUUACGGUGUAUAUCCGUUGGGCCUUAGGUUCCCAUUUCUAUAGAAACCUACGCAAAAAAUCUGUAAUACAUGUAAUAAUCGAACUGCAUCUCAUUGUAAUUUGCUCCUUUAUAAUUUCUUGGCAGCUUUCAUUUAAACCCAUUGAUGUCUAAGUGUCACAACAGUAGGAUGAAUGCAAUAUGUUACGUUUCUUCAAACUAAAUCAUACAAUGAAAUUAGCAGUGAUAAGAACUUGAACUUAAAAAAAGUGAAUACAAUGUAUUGAAAUUGUAUAUAUGACCUUUGAACUAUAUCAGUAUGAUGUGUGUCAGAAACGACACAAUGGUUUCCCAAGGAAAGCAAUAGACAGUGUUGUGGUAAUGUAAUACAAUAUGAAAGCAACACGUAUUUGCCUCGUUGUUUGGACUGUUAUUUAGGUCACUAAUGUGGGCUACCCUUAUUAGAAGUGUUUGUAUGUGUGGAGAGGUUGCAAUGUGUGUGGGGUAUUUUUGUUCCCCACCAUUUACUUAAUUUUUGUGGGAUAUGAGAGCUGGUUUGGUACGUGUUUAAAAAGCUGUUUUAUAAAAAUAUCAAAGCCUGUAUAUAACUUUAUUUGUUUUGUUUAUGACUGUUCGUAAUCACUAUUGAAGCGGUGAAAAGUUUUCCCCUAUUUUCUGUGAAUUGUGUUUGAAUUGUAAGUUCGUUUCAUUAUUAAUAAAUAUUUAUUUCCAUAACUAAAA